UGCGCAGCUUUUGCCUGCAAAACAGCUACUUAUUUAUUUCCAAAUACCUCAUUUCCACCCAUUAUUGUUAAAUUCUUUUCCCGACCCCCUAAAGAAAGAAAAAUCCUUUUCACCCAUUAAAUUAUUAUUAGUUUUCCCUUUUUUUCCUUAAGAAAAAAAGGAUAGACUCAACCCCCAAUAAGGCAAAUAAACCCAUCAUUACCCAUUGUCUUUUAUAAUAACCAAAAAAAGAACAGAAAUGAAAUCAUGCAGUCUGUUAUUUUGAAAUUUAUUUACUUGCAUGAUUUACAGGUUAAAAAGAGAAGUGAAGAAUGUAUUCGUAGUUAGUGAAGCAGAAAAAGGGAAGAUGCACGUUGAUUCAUGAUGACUCUGGCAAGGGAGUGUUUGUGCGUCGAGUUUAUAUUUGGUAGUGGAGUGUUGGAAAGAUGAAUAGCAGAGGCAGGAAUUCUCUUCAGUCUAAGAAAGUUCCAGGGAAGCAUGAAAAAGAGGAGGCUGAAAUGCAGGGGAUCAAGCCAACAAUUGCAACAAAGACAAUGAAGAAUCGACGAGCCUCAAGCAAAGAGAGAAAAAAGGCUUUACAACAAGAUGUUGAUAAACUGAAGAAGAAGCUUAGGCAGGAAGAGAACAUUCACAGGGCUCUGGAGAGAGCUUUUAACCGACCUUUGGGAGCUUUACCUCGUCUUCCUCCCUAUCUCCCUCCUCCUACGUUGGAGCUUUUAGCAGAAGUGGCAGUACUGGAAGAGGAGAUUGUUCGGCUGGAAGAACAGGUGGUGCACUUCAGACAGGAUUUGUAUCAAGAAGCUGUGUAUACAUCUACAUCAAAAAGGAACAUGGAGAGUUCAGCUGAUUCGAGUGAGCCUUGCCUGGACAAUAGUCCUAAAAGUCCUCAACCCAGAACUUCAACUAGAAAUACAUCCAUGGCAAGUCAUUUGCAAACUUUAUCGGAUGAAGGGAGGGGAAAAGAGAACCAAUCUUGUACUAAUUCCACAAAGAGCAAUAAGGGAUCCUUGGUAGAUAAAAGCCCAACAGUGAAAACUCCUGUGAAGAGACCUUUGAUUGAUUCAAAGCCUGUAGAGAAACGUUUAGACCCUCAAAAAUUGCAGUUAGAAUGCAGAGUGAGAGACUUAGAUAGUGCAAAAGCGCGGAAUCUUAGCACUUCAGAAGAGAGACCGCUGGCAAACGAUGGCCCUAAUAAAGUUUCCGAGGAACUUGUCAAAUGUCUGUCCACCAUAUUCUUAAGAAUGAGCUCAAAAAAGAGAAACUCUGCUGCUGACAGUUUUCCUUCAUUAUCAAUGUUAGGCUCCCAAGAAAGUAGUGAUGUAACAAAAUUUCAGGACCCGUAUGGUAUUUGUUCGAAUUUUGGAAGGAGAGAUAUUGGUCCUUAUAAGCAUUUGUUUCCAAUUGAUGCUGGCUCAAUCAAUCUGAAUCGAACUUCAAAUUCUUUAUUUCUGCUGCGAAGGCUCAAACUACUCCUUGAAAGACUUGCCGCCUCCAACUUGCAGAACCUAAAUCAUCAGGAGAAGCUUGCCUUUUGGAUAAAUAUCUACAAUUCCUGCAUGAUGAAUGCAUUCUUAGAACAUGGAGUACCUGAGAGUCCGGAGAUGGUUGUGGAAUUGAUGAGAAAGGCAACUAUAAAUGUUGGGCGACGCCUGCUAAAUGCAAUAACUAUUGAACAUUUCAUUCUCAGAUUGCCUUACCACUCCAAAUUUACCUUUUCAAAGGGUGCCAAGAGCGAUGAAAUGACUGCCAGGAGCAUGUUUGGAUUGGAACUAUCUGAACCAUUGGUGACAUUUGCCCUCUCAUGUGGAAGCUGGUCCUCUCCUGCUGUGCGAGUAUAUACUGCUUCUCACGUUGAGGCCGAACUGGAAGUUGCUAAGAAGGAGUACUUACAGGCUACAGUUGGAAUUUCGUCAACAAAGUUUGCAAUCCCUAAACUGUUGGACUGGUACUUGCUCGACUUUGCUAAGGACUUGGAUUCAUUGCUCGAUUGGAUUUGCCUUCAACUACCUAGUGAAGUUGGAAAAGAAACAAUUAAGUAUCUUGAAAGAGCUAAAAGCGAGUCUCUUCUACAGUUUGUUCAAAUUAUACCUUAUGACUUCAGCUUUAGGUACCUUUUAUGCACAUAAUAAAUUUAUUUGCUCCACUUCAAAUUUUGCUUACGCGGUUCUAAGGGUGUAAUCUGGGAGAAAUGCUUUCAUACACAAUCUUAGAGUAGAUAAUAUAUAAAAAUAAAGGUGUAAUCUAGUCUCUUAUCUUUGAUUGUAAGUAUUGUGAGGGAAUGUUCACCAGGGAUUUCUGCAUGUAAUUAAUAAGUACGUUUUCACUAGUGGAAAAAGAAUAGAAUUCUUUUCCAAUAUUUGCCUCAA